AUGUGCCUCUUCCUCCAAAAAGAGGAUCUCAGAUACCGUAUUCCACUUUCUCCUGUGUUUUUACUCAAAUCGCAGAUCACCUACGGCGGCCGUGUCACGGAUGCCUGGGACCAGCGGUGUCUGCGAACCAUUCUCUUGCGUUUCUUCGCACCCAAGAUCCUGGAUCCGGGGUUCAAGUUUUCCGAAUCGGGCAUCUUCUAUCCUCCAGAUGUCACCAAACUUGCAGACUGUCGCGAAUACGUUGAGACCUUCCCAAUUCAGGACUCGACUGAGCUCUUUGCUAUGCAUGAGAACGCCAAUCUCGUCUUCCAGGUUAGAAGGACGGCUCGUUUGAAAGCCACCUGACAAUGACUGGAUCGUUACUUCAGACUCUUUAGCUUUAUAGUUCGUAAUUGAAUGGUGUGACUCACCUGCUUUUUUCGUCAUUUGUUUACGUUUCUGUAGCAAAAAGAAACUCGAACUUUGCUUCGUACAAUCCUCGAGAUUCAGCCAAAAUCCGGUGGUGGGGAGAAGGGCCAAACACCCGAUGACAUUGUCUUUGACUUGGCUGGUGACAUACUGGCAAGAUUACCUGAGAAGAUUGAUAUUGAGCAAGCCAGAGCCGACCACUUCACGCUCGACUCCAAAGGCCGUAUCAACUCGCUCACCACGGUGCUUACGCAGGAGGUCGAUCGAUACAACAAACUUCUACAGAUUAUGAAGGCGAGUCACGUUUGAACUCAACAUGACGUUCUACUUAUUAUUUUGUAGUAGGUGUAUAAUUAUAGUUAUUUUAUAGGUGUCGCUGGAGCAGCUGCAGAAGGCAGUCAAGGGUUUCGUGGUCAUGUCGGAACAACUGGAAAUGAUCUACUUCUCGUUCCUGCUGAAUUCCGUCCCUGAGCACUGGGCGAAUUCGGCGUAUCCCAGUCUGAAACCUCUCAGUGGCUGGGUGAAAGACCUGAUUCUUCGUUGCGAGUUCAUUCGCACCUGGAUGAUCAGCGGACAGCCCAAGUCUUUCUGGAUUUCAGGCUUCUUCUUCCCACAAGGUGAGUACUCAUCUCGCAGGGCUUAUUUAAUAUACUUUGGCCUGGCCUGCCACCAUAACCUUAUCUCAGUUUUGUCCGUCUUGUUUCAUGAACGUAUCUUUCAGAAACUCGCAUUCAAAAGUAUGCCAGAAAUUCACUCAAAAACUGCCAAAUUGGCUGAAAUUUGAGUUAAGCUGGCUUUUAUCGGAAACCGUAUAAAGCAACCCUCUUUUGAUAGUGUCUAUUUAAUACCUGUUUCUGGUAUAAAGGUCUGAUCUGGACUCCCCUAAAGAGGCUUUCUCCCUACAACGGCAACUUUAAAUAGGUAUACCCAGUUUGUCGAUGUAGGCAAAAAAGCCAUACCACGGUUGGAAAGGACUGGUGUCGUUUUGUGGUUUUAUACUUGUUUGAGAAAAGCGACUGCUGAGGAAAACCAGGAAAAUUUACUUCAGACGCGAGCGGUCAAACGAAAAGGAUGCUAGUGAAAAGAAUAUAGCAGCAUCUGUAUUUUUAAUUGAACACGUGCCUGUUUCCUUUCCAAUAGGAUCUUAGGGGGCAAUAGUUAUUGUUCUAAAAUAUACUGAACUGUGCAAACACGUUUGUGAGGACAGGUGAAGAAAGUAGCCAAGGUCUUGUUUCAGAUGUUGUAUGGGUCAGAGCACCCCAGUCUGGUUGACGCCGCUUCUCAAAUCGCUCCUUACCCAGCGUGUUGUGGCCUCACUCGUCUUGCAAGAGGUGAAGACCACGUAAAUCGCUAACUGUCUGAGUUGUGGUUCUCACACAGAAAAUCUGUUAGCAAACCAAAGGAACUAUUCCUCCUCCGUGGGGGCAAUAUUUACACUGUAGAAUCUGCCAAUUGCCUUGCUUUACCAAGAAGACAUGAUUGGUGCAUUCAAAUGAUGCUUCAGAAUAUAAGGGUUGCCGCAGGGUGAACUAGUUGUUUUUCGCUUUGCAGGAAUGCAAGAUUCUUUUCUAAACUGUAAUCAGACACUGUUCUACCCGACAGUCGUCUGUGGAACAGGAUGAGACGAGCAUCCAUUUCGUUUGCGGGUUGCCAAGUGUUCACUAGAAUAAAUAUGGCAUAGUUAGAAUGAUAUUGCCAGCAAAGACAAGGGAGACUGGAAUGGCCAUUUCUGGCUUAUUAGCCGUCGUCAGCCAGUCAUACCCAACCCCGACGUGUGGAACGCCCGCGGCUCGAACUCGCGACCUGUUAGUUAAGGUUAGAGUAUGCCAGAGCCCGACCAGUGAAUAAGAGAUUGGAAUGCGCUUAAUGUAUGCAAUCGCAACACACCAUUUCCUGUGUGUCAGGGGAAUUUUUCUUCCGAUCCGUUGUGCGGUCGGCCGUGGGAUUUUCCGAAGUUGAAUCAACCUUUCACCGAUGGAAAUAAAUGCAGUCGGUAAUCGUUAUUCUCCGAUUUUGUUCCAGAAAUAUCUGCCGUCGCCAGGCAACUGCACUCUAAACGUAGGUCGGAAAGGUCUGGAGUUUGACUCCAGGUCAAGAUGGCCGCUGCGCCCCACGAUUUAUCGGCUGGGGCUCAGGUUUCUGCGUUGCUGGCUGUGAAAGUCACGUGGGAUUGACGUUUAUCGAUCGAACUUUAUUGCAGGUCAAAAUAGUAGCGUUCUGCUUUGCCUUUAAGCUCUGUCUCGGAUGCCUUAUGGCUCGUCGCGUAGCGGCGUACAAGCAUUAAUCGAUAAGCAUUGCUGAAAGCCCGCGAGUUUGGAAAAACUCCCAAUAAACUGGUGCCGAAAGAUUUUCCAGUCUUGAAACAGUCCGUGUCUUCUCUUUUUCCACCUCCUUGGUAUUUGAAUUCGAAUUCCUUGAAAAACUGUUACAUUCUGAAGCCCGGAAGUGUGCUUGCAGUGCGUCCCAAAUUUUACUGGAAUUUCAUUCAGUAGGGGUGGAGCCAUGACGACCUUGUAAAAAGCCUAUUGGCCGCCCCGUUUCCGGACCAGUAACUUGACCUUUUCCAAGAGUCGGCGGACAGUAUUCUCCUUAUGAGAUCAUGCGGUUUCCUCUUGACAAGUUGGACUGGGUGGGGUUGAAUUCGUUGUUGAUUGAUACAUUGAAACAAGCAUAUGAUGUUAAUAUGAUUUUCUGGCUUACAACAUAAUUUCAACCGUAUUGGCCAUUUCUUUUAAAAACUCCGGCCGUAAACCCCUUUUACCACUAUUCCCGUACUAGAAGUGGUCUCGCGCCUAAGUGCUGGGGGGGGGGGGUGGGGGGUGGAAUACAUUGAUUUUUAUAAGCCCCCCACUCUGAUUAUUGUGCACAUUUCCUCUGAGACCAGUAUCGCAGCCAGUGUGUUCUGUAGUUCAUUAGUAUGUGGUUGAACGGAGACCCUGUCUCGCGAGAGAAGACCGCGAUAACGUCUGCUGCGCUCAAACAUUAAUCAGGUUCCUUACCACACCCGCCAACCCGUCUGGAGCAUGAAUGAGGGACACUUUUCCGACUUAAUCAGCUCCAUUAUUGCGAGUCUAGUGUCGCCCCAGGCAUAGCCGCUACGCACCACGCGCAGGCCACACCUGAUAUCCAACUAGUUCACUCUGCCUGAAGGUCGCACCGACAAUCAGCUGGUGGGCAUCUGAUUGGCGCACACUGCGCGCGAUGGAGGCGACUUUGCGGCAAGUCAUUUGAGCGCUCAAAUUGACUGUCCUGCGUGGCAAAUCCACGCCAAGACAAUAAAACCCAAUGGAUCUUCAAGCAAGCCUCUGUACUAGCUAUCAGUGCGUGUGGGGGAAAAGUUGCAUCCCAGGCCCAGGCCACGAAAACAAAACAGGCCGAGAAUUGAUUGAAGCCUGGGCCUCGGAUGCGACCUCAGUCAAUCGGUUUAUCGAUCUGGCGCCGGCGUACAGAGCCCUGCGUAGUCACCUCCAGUUUUGCGCCGUCUGUCGAUGAUUAGCCUAAAUGCCUUAUAACUGUCGCUUGUUCUGUUGCUGCUACUACCUCUGACGAUGGACUCCUGUACGAGUCUGAAAGCUCAGGACAAUGAACAAAGUGUUCCGGUGCUCGACUCUUCUUCAAUUAUGCAUGCACCUCGAACUCGAAAUUUUGCCUUCCUUAAGUUUUAAUUUCCGGCACAAAAAAUCGUGCGACGACGAGGCACCUUAUGCGUAUUUCAUGCUGUCAGGGGCCAAUGUGGAAUACAAGCUGUUAUUUGGCAAACUUUCUCUGAUCGUCGUCAUCUUAAACAUCGGAGAUCAGGAAGACGGUGUCUGCGGCGCGUCCACAGGCGAUGCUUGUUGAAACGGCAUCUAGCAGAGACUGGCCACGAAGUAAACAGACUCCCGUUUUUAACGAGUAAGCUGUCGUGGUUCAUGCCGUGAUGCUACCUUCAAACCUGACUGGACACCAAUCUCACAGACUGUUUUGCAUAAAAAGAUCAAAGCCGUAGCGGUAUUAUGACAUAAAGAAAGUUGUCCGCCGUCCAGUUAAGCUUCACCAGCUGUUGUCCCAGAACCAGGUAGAACGGGGAUAUGUCCACCUGCCAGUUGUCAUGAGGGAUAGCAACAUUACUUUCAAGUCUGUCAACCUUCUGCCAUACUGCUCUUCUUAUUUCAGGCUUCCUGACAGGAAUUCUGCAAAAUUACGCCAGAAAGUACGAUCUCCCAAUUGACCACCUGUCUUUCGACUUUACUGUCUAUCCUGAAUAUCGAGACCAGGCAGAGUAUGCUGCCCAGCUGAAGGAGGUAAAAUUUGGUGAAACAUUGCCGGCAGAUGCAGCAAUUGAAACGCCGAAGGACGGCGUACUUAUCCACGGCUUGUUAAUGGAUGGUUUCAGGUAAUUUCUCUGUUUAUCCGACGUUCUUGUCCUAAGUCCUCAUUUGUUUCUUGUUAUUGGUAUCAGCAAUCAACGUCCUUAAGCAGACGUCCUUAUAUAUAUAAUGACAGAUGGGCGCUCGCCGAUCAGGUUACAGAACGUGCUCGUUCCGCUGUGUCUUGGGGCCCAUACUAGAACCCUCGCAGGCAGUCGCACAGCGACUAGUAGUAGGUGUAAAUGACAUGGUACCGACAAAGACAAGGGAGGCCGAAAAUGGCUAUUCCGGUCUCCCUUGUCUUUGCCGGUACCAUGUCAUAUAUAUACAUGUACAAGGGGAGACCGACAGGCUUUUUAGCUGCCGUCAGUCAGUCAUGCCCCACUCCAGGUGUGCAUCACCUGAGAUUCUUUGCUCAUUGAGCUACGGCCCUGUUAUCCUGUCGGUUGUGCUCGAGACGGUCGCGUUUUGUAACCUGAUCGGUGAGCGCCCAUCUACCGUAAUCAAUAUUUCCGAUCACAACCGACAGGACAACCGGUCCGGGUUCGGAUCUCAGGUGGCCCGCACCUGGGACCAUGUAGGGUUGGUCGACGACGGUUAAUAAACUUAAAAUGGCCACCCCAGCCCUCACUUUCUUUAUUGUUAAUCUCGUUCCUGCAUGGUUACUGGUCGCUAUGCGAAGCCUGCGAGGGCUUUAGGCGCGGGCCAGAGAUUGCUUCAGUAUGCAUCGAGUGAUGGAAUCAGUUCCGUGGCUGUUGGCAUUUCUCAUGCUCAUUUCUCCUUCAAAAAGCUCCUGCACGGCACUCAGAUCGAUCAAUUAUUAACUAAUUCCUGGUAUGUAGAACAGCAUCCGCAGCCUUGAUUUGACGACAGCUGCCAGAUCUGCGAGCUAUUCGUCUCCAAAUGUUUGCCCCCCACAUCCAGUUCGUGUAUACUUACACGCGUAGGUGUCCCCUUCGUUUUACCGCCAGUUGAUGGUGGCGUAUGCAGGCAUAUACCGCGUCGCAGAAACUGCAAGAUGUUUUGUGGACGACCUGUCCUUUAUUCAAAUAAACAACCGUAUCCGUAACGCAUACGAGUUGGGCGGACAAGACAGUUGUACGUCGGCGCGCCAUUUGCGUUAUCAAUACCACAGACAAAUCUAUGUUGUUGCUGACGCCUCGACAACCACUACGUACCACCUAUUUUUUGCUUUGUGAAUGGGAUGAUCCGAGUUUCGCCUGAUGGUAUCACAUCUCUGCUAGCACUUGUCUAACGGCCCGUGUGCCAACUGUUUCCUUCUUGCUUCUUGCUGUGGUUUGAAGCGGCUUAGCUGCAAAAUCGCCUUCAACCUACACGCAAGUCACCGUCCUAGCGCCCACGUUCGGUCGAACCGUCGAAGCAGACACGACCUGAUCCCUACUCCAUACAGUGGGCGGGCUAACUCAUGAAAUGUUAACCGAAAUUCUGAAGCGCGUUUUCGUUUCGAAAAGAUUAAUAAAGUGGGGUUGUAAAACUAAUCAUCAUACGGCAUAAUUCUAUAAUGAUUCAGUUACCUCAGGAUGCCGGCUUUCGAAGGAACUUCUUUACGGCUGCGUGCAAAAAACUAUACUCUGUAAAAAAGGACCACUUAAUUAGCAUGCAUUUUUCUCACUGAUUUUCGAUGCCCUAAAAAAUUCAAUUAUAUUUCGUACAAAACAUGCGCAAAAAUAUUCAUUCUCUAGCUCAUUCGGUAGAAAAUUACGUCUUCUUCCAAUUUUAUACUCGAAGGAAAGGUAUAAUUCGGUUUUCAAAAAGUUUUCCAAUUCCUGAAUAAUUUUGAAUCCCGGCCUGCCGUUACACUUGCAUUCCGAGUCUUUAAACUACAAGCCAUACAUUCUCCGCAUACGGAAGGCCAUACACUUCUCUAUGACAUUAUGAGGAGACCAUAGGGAGUUCAUAAAAUUCAGCAGUGGAUUUGAGCCCUAUUGUUAACUUUACAAGCCACAUUAGUAAAUGCUGAGACAUGACGUUUUAUGAACGCCCGUUUCACGGCAUUAAAAAAUAGCACAAUUAUAAACUUUUUUAAAACCAAAUUUUACCCUUCCUUGGAGUAUAAAAUUAAAAGAAGACGUAAUUUUCUGCCGAAUGAGCUAGAGAAUGAAUAUUUUUGCGCAUGUUUUCCAUGAAGUAUAAUUGCAUACUAAGGGGCAUCAAAAAUCAAAGAGAAAAAUGCAUGCUACUGAAGUAGUCAUUUUUUGCAGAGUACAGUUUUUUCCUGCAGCCCGAAAGAAGUUCAUUCAAAGGCCGGUAUCCUGAGGUAACUGAAUAAUUAUAGAAUUCUACUGCAGGAUGAUUAGUUUUACAACCCUACUUAAUUAAUCUUUUCGAAAUGAAAACACAUUUCACAAUUUCGAUUGACAUUUCAUGAGUUAGCCCACCCACUGUAUUUCUCUCUCCUUCAAGCUAUUUGCGGUUGGAUCAAGCCAAGAACUAGCCUCAUGGCUGAGCAGAGUUAAAGGUCAUUUGUGACGGACGAAAAAGACAGGAUCGGAUAAGCGAACGCCAGCUGGACAAGCGCUCAAAUUACCGCAUCAAAUGAGCUAAAAUUAUAACCAGUAAGUACCGUCUGACUGGGAGGGCCGAGAACUGGUCUUGCUCUGUUGCUCGAAGCAAAAUGACACAAAUGCCGCCUUUGGAAUCCGCAGUCCGCGAGCCAGCCGAACAAUGUCUCGUAACUAUCUAACGGUGCCACAAUGUCAGCAUCAGCUCAAAAAGCCUACGGCUGUCUGUCCGGGCCGCUAAAGAUUAAUCCCGAAAUAAAGAGUUUUUCCUCCACCUCCCCAAGAUGACGAUAUAGAAGGGUUUACAAAUAUUCAACUGGGGGUUAACUUCCGUGAAACAGGCUCCAAAAUUAGUGGUGCUCGGUCAUCCCCCCCCGUCCGUCCUCAGGGAAGCAGGAAAAAGUGUGGGAACUACCGCUGCAAAGGCCAUUUUCACAGUCAGUCACAGGCAGUUACGUGGUGUGGGGCUCGUUUCUGUGCGCUGUGUGUUUUUGUAGUGAGUAUCGGAGGUAGAAGUUUGAUCAGUACAAGUUAGGGCUUUGAACAAGAUUUAUUACUGCUCUAUUACUAUUAGCGGUUCUGUCUACGAACACCUGGUAGAACCGUUCGCCAGGAAUGUGUUCCAACGCCCUAGGUGAUUAUGCAUGGGAUUUCUGUGGUGGAACAUUUGACCUUGACCGCACUGGAGGUGUUGCCUACCUGACGUCGGACUAGUAAAACCUACAAAAUGCAGUUACGUGGUUGUACCAGGUCAUUAAAACAGGGUUUAUUUAUGGAUGGCGUUACUAUCAAGUAUACUCUAGCCGCAUCUCUCGUUGGGCGAAGACACCCCUCAUGACGGAGAAUUCCGAAUAUCUCGGCGCCUGGUUGUUGCCAAACAAACGUAGCAUGGAUGUCAACGUCACCCAAAUCAAUGUCGCUUGUAGGAUCUUCACAAGCCCUCGUACGUGGCUAUUGAAGCCUCGCAAGAUCCCAAUCGCCACAAAAGUCCGUGCGUAGCUUGCGCUCAUCCAUUCAGUCCUCCCCCAGGGUUGGGCCUGCUAUGUCGUUGGGAGGCUAGUUAAGGUCCGAUGUGUUCAACCACAGUUGUCGGGACAUGCUCAUUCAAAUUAAGCGCCCGAGCGACAAGUGUAAUGAACCAUCACCAGACUCGCCACGGCAGCCAUUCAAGGGUGCCGUCGGUCCUCGCUUAUGCAGUUGCUAUGCUGUCAAAGACCUACUAAAAUUAGCAGCUCCUGCGUUUACCGCGGUCGUCUUGAGUGGCGUGCUCAUUAAUUGAGGGGCUGCGUUCAGGUUAUUAAUUGCUACGACGUGUCAGCUGUGCUGGUAAUUAACGUGAUGCCUAUUAUGCAGCGUUGACCUUCAACACCGUUCCCUUGGCAAACGCUCAUCUGCACGUCUCCUGUAAAUAAUUCAUCUGCCCUGAUGGAGUCACAGCGCUACGUAGAAGGGAGGGAGGAGUCGACGGGUUUGUUAAUCGAUAGCUGGUCAGAGAUCGAUGGUUCGGUCGCUUCACGACCUGGCAGUUUUAAGCCUUCUUCUUUGCUGGCGAUGCGCGUUUCGGCCACCCCCCCCCCCCCUACCGGAGCAAAUUCCUUGAUCCCCUUGCGACGUUGUGAACAGAGCAACUACAUUAGACCCGAUAGAAGAUGAAUUACAUUUCUUACCAUGACAAUGAGGCUGUUGGCCUUAUCAUUUGAUGCCUUAUGGUUGAGCAAGAUCUUAUGUCGCAGCCGUACCUGGUAGGGCUAGGGUUGGGUGUUAGGGGUUAAGGACAGGGGUUGGGGUUUUGGUUUGGGAUUAGGGGAUAGAGGAUAUGGUUAGGGGUUACGGUUAGCGGUUGGGGUUAGAGGUUAGGCUGGAACCUGUACGCAGCAGGUACGGCUACGAAAUAAGAUUCGACCUAUGUUUGUUUUUAGCCUCUGCGCACCAACAAUUUUGAAUUUAGGUUUUGAGUUUGCGUUAAGUCUAAGGGUUCCGGUUACAGUUAGGGUUUGGAUUGCGGUUUAGAUGUACGUUUAGAGUUGAGGUUGAUAUUGCGGUUAGUGGUUGGGUAGGGUUGCGGUUACGGUCAGGCUAGGGUUGGGGUUAGGGUUCGGGUUUCGGUUAAGGUUAAGGUCAGAAUUUGGGUUAGGGCUAAGGUUAGGGUACGGAUUCGGGUCAGGAUUACGGUUAGGCUUAGUGUUAGGGUUUGUGGUUGGUUUAGGGUCAGGUCUAGUGUUAAGUUUAGGGUUAGCGUUACGUUUGCAAUUACGUUAAGGAUUAGGCUAACUUUGAGGUUAUUUUUACGUUUACCGUUAGGGUUUGGGGUAUUACUGCCUCGUGUGUCCCGUCAGCUAGGUCUUUUUCAGGGUCUCCUGGCUCCCUUCAGUCUUGCAGCAGAUUUCUCGUAAACUAGGUUACAUGUUCAGUUUUAGCGUCGGCUACUUUUCCCAUUAGCGGUUUCAGCAUCCCGUUUCGCCUUACAUUACUCUUAAUGCCCACAUUGCGCUUACACUUGGGACAGGCCUCUGUGGAUCGUAGUGUAUGGACUACAGGGUUUGUGCGCUCUGGUCCCUACAAGAGGUUAUCCCUCAUCAGCCGGCAUGAAAAUGUGUCAAGUUGGCGAGGGUAAAACGACAUGAUGUGGAUCCGUGCCAGGACUCUUGUGCUGCUUAUAGACGAAACAGUACGAACGCGAAACCAUAAAGGACAGGUUCAGUUCGGCGGCGGCGGUGGUAGACAGAAAAGGAGGAAUGAGCGAUGGAAAUAGCAACCUGCUUCUGGCUCAUUCGUACCCUCUUCAGCUAGCCACACCAAGAACUGCGACUGGGAACACAAAUGUGCGUGGGGCAGGUGGUCCACAGGGGAGACCUAACUGACGAGUCAUCGGUAGCGUCGAGUCGAAGGCCCCCUCAGUGCCUCGCUGCUCGUCAAUCUGUCGGGGUAGACCGGGUGUUUAUGCAUCCCGUAACAGACGACUAUCGAUAUUUUUGUAUUGAGAAUCCAUUUGCUGCUCCUGUAAACCCAACAAACCUACCCUAGGAUAUUCUUGCGUAGGUUGCUGUACAUCUUCGUUUUAUUCCGGCAGUUCGGUGAGUGACUGAGUAACUGGACUCAUUACCGUUGUCUUAUGUGUCGUCACUAACGCCUAUCAUGGUUCUACCGAGAAAACUAAUGCGCGACCUUGGAGUAUAUCCCCUAGAACAAAGUCUUCUAGAUCCGGUUCGAAAAUUUAUGUAUGAAUAUUCGACCUGAAAUACAUCCGCAACUGCGCAACAAUCCUGUGGUGAUAUUCAAGCAUUAAUUGCCUCGGAAAUUAAACAAGGCGGCUUGGAAACUGGGGUAAAUAUACCAGAAAGCAGAUGCGGAUCGCUGAGAGGGCCAGUGAUGAGCGUUAUUUGGCGCCACCAGAUCGGCGAAACACGCGAGCUUUGGCCCUUAGCCAGUACCUAUGUUGUCAGUUUAGUAAGUCAUUUAGUAUUUCUAUCAUAGUUCUGCAAUUGUGGAAUUAUUUACCGUAAUAACAGCACAGACACUAGCUAAAAGCUCGGACACGUGCGUUUCGCCGGUCUUGUGGCGCUGCCAGUCGCAGCUGCGAGGGGGAGUUCGGCUCAUCAAUGGGUCCCCCAGCCUUCCCCUUGUCCUGUGUACUGCCACAGAAAAUCAAUGCGCGGACUUAGAGUAAAUCUUUCGGAACAGACAUUUUCCGGCACGGUCUAUGCAACUCUUGCAACUGCGGGGUAUCUAAGGUUGGUUGGCAACAAACUGCCUAGCAUGUAAAGAAGCUUAGCGAGACGCAAUGGUUCGACCAACCGAGGUUUCUAAAAUCGUAAUACAGGGAAGACAGGGCUUUUGGGCAAUUGUUAGCCGUUUAAUGUUGUUAACUCCGGCUUAUUAUGGACAAAAGUAGGGGGAAUUGGGGUGUUCGCCUCCGGUUUGUUCAUUCUCAUCAGCCCGACAUAUCCAGACCCCUGACCAAGUAUUAGCUAAAAGUCCAGAUACGCGUGUUUCGCCGAUCUUGUGCUGCUGCCUGACGCAGCUGCGAGGGGUUCGAUUCAUCAGUGGGUCCCCCAGUUUUCUCCAUGUGUUUUCUGACAUAUGAACCCCAGUUUCCCCUUGUCUUGUUUAAUCUCCGAGGAAAUAAAUGCGCGAACUUGGAGAAAAUCUUUCGGGACAGACCUUUUAAGGCCCUGUCCGAACUUUGAUAGGAAUAUUUGAGCUGAAAGUUGGGGGUGGGCCCACUGAUGAGCCGAAUUCCUAGCAACUGCGUCAAGCAUCGGUGGAAUAUCAGGGAAACACGUGUCUGGGCUUUUAGCUAAUACCUGUGUUCUUAGUACGGUAAAUAAUUACACAAUUAUAUAUAAUACUGUUUAUGGCACGAUUCAGGAAAACUGAUUGGCAUCAGUGAACCUUUUAUUUUUGCCCUACACUAGUGCGCGGACAUAGAACAAAUUCUCUGGGAAAAUCGCUUUAUGAUGCGUCGGAGAAAUGAUUUGUAUAUUUGGGCCGAAAUCCGCUAGCCAGAAACCGAUACCGCACAAUCGAUAGGCGCGGGUUAUAUAUUAAAUUAUCACAUUUAUUUGGCCGCAUAUUCAAAUAUUAUAUUAUAUACAAAAUAUACAGUGAGUGACCGAUCUCAUGAAAUGUUGGCUGAAAUUCUGAAGGACGUUUUUGAAAGGUCUCCCAGCCGUCAUCGUGUGUUUUCUGGUAUAUGAACCUGGAGUAAAUCCUUUGGAAUCUUCGUAGUUCUGUUUUCGGCAAAGCCUGGCUUUGUGAUUAGUGGUUGGAUUUUCUGACGCAUCGUUUUCACCCGAACUGUUAGUCUGGGAUUCAAAAUAAUGGACACUGCCAAUCUGCUUUUUUUACCAUGUCUGCAAAAUGUUUGUGUGUCUUCUGAAAUCCCUGGUGCUGGUAUGCCCACGCGGACUGCUUCGUGAUGUAUCAUUUUCCAUUGCAGAUGGGACGAUGAGAAUCAAAUUAUUGCGGAUUCAGUACUGGGCGAAUUGCUGGUUCCUCUGCCGAUUGUGCACAUGAAACCCGAAAUGGACUUCAAGCCGGACCCACGGAAGUACAUUGCUCCACUCUACAAGACCUCCGUACGUGCGGGCGUGCUCUCCACCACCGGUAAGGCGUCUGCACUUUCGCCACCACGGCUGAGCAUUGCUCAUCAGACAAAAAUGAUCUGCAGGCAUAGGCCUGCUGCUGCUGCUCCCACUGGGGCGAGUCCCAAAACCUGA